AUGCACUAAAUGCAAUAGGCGACGGUCCAUCAAUAGAAAAUUGUCGAUCUGACAAAUCAAGGUAUUCGAACUGUUAUAGAUUCGUAGGAUUAUAUGUUUAAUUGGAGGAAUUUAUUCGAACGAAUCAAAUAGGAUAAGCAAGUUAUUCGUAAGCCUUUUUAGAAUGCAUACAGAACACAAGAGAUAGUGAAGAUCACUUUCAAUGUAUACAAUAAAUUUUAAAGUAUAUAUGUUCUAACUUUAAGACAAUCCAUUGAUUUUAAUUAUAAGGACAAUUAGGGCAACACAGCCAUCGUUUAUGCAGCAAGAACAGCCAAGAUAAGCAUUCUGAAUGAAAUAAUCAAAUAUAAGGAGAGAAUCGAAACCAAAUAAAUUAAGUUUGCACUUGAUAUUGCAAUCCAAUCUGAAUAAGAUAAUUGGGAUAUAGUUGAAACUCUCUUAUAGAUUACGUCUCUCGAUAAACCUUAGCAUUUAAUUAAGUCCUUACAAAAAGGCAAUUAUAAGACUGCAUCAAAAAUCAUAGAAAAAUAUGGAGCAUCUGGCUAAGAUGAAAACGGUGACACAGCCUUACAUGUGGCUUCUCGAAAAGGAGAAUUAAAUAUAAUUAAAUAGAUCUGUCAGAGGGAGUUUCUAUUUCAGAGGAAAAAUAAGUAGAAUCAAACACCUUUGGAUGUGGCUGCCAAUGAGAAGAUUAAAGAUUUGUUAAUUAUGGAAGAGACUCUAUUUACAAAAUCUCCAAAUAGAAAAAAGAAAUAAGAAGAAUAGCAGGAAAAUAUUCAGAAAAUUGGAAAAUAAGAAGAAGGAGAGCCUGAUAUUCUACCAAAAAUGAAUAAAAUUGUACAGAAAAGAGAAUAGGAGACUUAGACGUAUAUGAAGGAAAGAAAAGAAAUAGAAGUUUAGAUUCCAGAGACAAUAGCUAUAGACUAAUCAUUUUAUAAUUAAUUGAUUUGUGAAUCCAAAAACACAUUGCCAUAACAUAAAAUUAGUAUAGAUGAUAUUGUUAAGCAACUUACUUUUGAAAUCAACACAUUUACAUAGGAAUUGAGUAAAUAUUUAGAUGAGCAGAAACCCAUAAUUGAUAAGAUAGUCUAAUUGGUGGAUGAGACUGUUCAAAAUGUCUAAUUUAAAUCUAGAGCCUUUCUUUAUGGAUCGUGUUAAACAGGACUGAAUUUGUUGGAUUCUGAUAUUGACAUAGUUAUCGAAACGGUUGAGUCAGAAGAAAUAAUACUAUUAUUCAAAUUGGCAGAAUAAUUUAAAACGACAAGCUUUAUCAAGGAUGUCAAAGUAAUUGAAAAUGCUAAGAAACCUGUGUUGAAGAUGUAAUGUUCGAAAGAAUUUUAAGAUAAACUAAUUGAUAUUACAAUAAGUAGGAAUGAUCACUCGGGAAGGAAGACUGCUAAUUCGAUGAUUGAGUUUCAGAAAGAAUUUAAAUAAUUUAGGAGUUUAGCUUUAAUGUUGAAAUUCUACUUUAAAUCAAUCAACUUACUGAAUUCCUACUAAGGUGGUCUCAAUAGUUAUUGCAUAUUGACUAUGAUUCUGGCUUUAUUGCAAAUCAAAAGAAUCAGGGACAACGAAAACGAAGAAAUUGGCAAGAACUUUUUAGAUUUCUUCGAUCUUUACGGUCAAGACUUGGAUUAUUAUAACAAAAUAAUCAAUAUAGUGCCUUCCCAGUCAGAAAAUAUGUAAAUUGAUGAACCAAAUAUUUAUUAAUAGCAAUACUUUUAGUUGUAAGCAGCUUUAUUAUAGUUAGUGAUUAAGGAUGUUAGGAACUGGUUAUAUUGGAUCUUCAUAAUAAAAAUAACAAUAUUGCUAGUAGUACAUUCAAGAUUAAGAACAUUAAGGUAUACUUAUAGAAUAUCGACUCAAUAGAAUGCUCUUAGUUUUGGAUACAGUGCAAUUCUGAAUGCUAAGAAAUGUGAACAACCUUGCUUUUUCUCUGGAUAUAAUAAACCCGUGUGUUGUAUUUUAAAGUAAAUGAUUUAACAAUCUAAAAACAAUCAUUUGAACAGUCUUUCCAAAAGUAAGCAACCCUUCUAUUUCUUUAAUAAUACUUAUUGA